AUGUCCAGCAAUAACGAGCAGGUUAAAGAAUUCGCACAGAUUACCGGUGUAUCGGAAGAACGAGCCGAGUUUUUUCUAGAUGCGGCCAAUGGUGAACUGCAAGUAGCUUUGAGCAAUUUCUAUGAAGCUGCGAAUGACGAUGCUGAUGUAUCGGAUGAAGAAAAUCCGCCAGCCGAUCCUUCACCAAUUCAAUUUGCACGCACCGACUCUAAAGCAAAGAAAGCAUCCAAACCACAUGCAAACAUAGCAACGAUUCAUUCAUUGAACUCAUCUUCGUCGGAAGAUGAAGAUGAGCAGGGCCAAGCCUUUUACGCCGGUGGUUCUGAAAGAUCAGGCCAGCAAGUUUUGGGUCCUCCGCGAAAAAACCCAAUCAAAGAUUAUGUGUCGGAGAUUUUCCGUUCCGCUCAAGAUGGUAGCUUGGAAACAUUUGAUCCUUCCGACGACAGCAGUGGUCCCGGAUCCUCGUUUUAUACUGGAGCGGGAUACCGCCUUGGACAGACUGAAGAUGAUCAUCAGGAAGUGACACCGCGUGGGUCUCGGUCGGCAUCCGGCUCACAGGCCUCUGAAGUUGUGACAUUGACACUAUGGCGCCAGGGAUUUGUCAUCAAUGAUGGUGAGCUGCGUUUGUACGAAGAUCCGGCGAAUCGUGAUUUUUUCGAAUCCAUCAAAAGAGGAGAAAUUCCGGAAGAACUGCGCUCAAAGGGUCAAACUAUGUUUCGUGUGGAGCUGAAGGACAAUCGUCGUGAGGAGUACGUGAAGCGUAAUAAGCCGUAUCAGGCAUUUGGAGGAUCUGGACAAACUCUCGGCAGUCCUGUUCCACCCAUGGCAACUACUAGCAGCAGUAGCAAUACUACCAGUAGCGGUAGUAGUAACAAUGAACAGAAUGAAAAACGCGCCUCAGAAGAACUCACCCUGGACAGCAGCCAACCGACGACGAUGCUUCAAAUUCGCCUGACUGAUGGAAGCCGUCUUUCGGCGCGAUUCAACCAAACGCAUACUGUUGAUCAUGUACGACGGUAUAUCGUCAGUGCUAGACCCCAGUAUGUAUCGCAGAACUUUGCGCUUAUGACGACGUUCCCGAGCAAAGAGCUAACCGAUGGAGCUCAAACCUUAAAAGAUGCUGGACUACUAAAUGCGGCCAUCAUGCAACGGCUUAACUGAUCACCUACGUUAGCAUGAGAUGUUGAAACCAUGGCAAAACAUUUAAAAUAGCAGUGGGUAACGCUUUGCAAAACCUUCUGUAGACUUUACUAUUAGUGUAUCCUAUUUUGCUGGAAAAGAACUACAAGUUUACAGAUUCGAUGUUAAAAAUCAAACAUUUUUUCUAUAUUCAUUCACAAAUACAAACCAGGUUGUUGCAGCUAUGCAAACUUAACACACA